GCGAAAUUUUACCACAAAUUUACCCGCUGAUUAUUACUAUUAUUAAGCUAUUGUUUUAUUAUUUUAUCAUUUUUAUUUGCCCAUUUUCUUUCCUGUCUACCAUCAGACCUUGGCCACUCAUCAUGCAUCUCGUUAUUUGUCUUGCACAUGCUUUGAGCUCCUCCACUGCUGCUCAUUCUCAAGCCGGCGCGGUACAGGAGGCUUUCCGCACCAGUUGCUCUCAUCAGAUCAGAAACAGAUGCUUAGUACGGUGGACUUAAGUGUAAUGAAUGGGCCGCCUUCCAGUACACUUCAUGCCACCUCUCCACGUGUGUACGGCCAACUCAUGAAUGACUGUGACACAUCCCUGAUCUUACUCUGCACAUCUGCUUUGAAGAACUGAUGGAUUUAAAGAGGGUGUUGUCCUUCCCUCCAUAUCCAGGAGACUACCUACACCCGGUUGUUUAUGCAUGCACAGCAGUUAUGUUGCUCUGUCUGCUGAUAUCGAUAAUGACAUACAUUAUACACCACAGUGUAAUCCGAAUCAGCAAGAAAGGAUGGCACACACUGCUGAACCUCCUUUUCCACAUUGCUGUAACAUUUGGGGUGUUUGCAGGAGGCAUCAAUCAGAUCAAGUACCCCAUUGUCUGUCAAGUGGUUGGCAUCCUUUUGCACUACUCCUCUCUCUCAACUAUGCUUUGGCUGGUCCUCACUGCCAGGAAUACUUGUAAUGAAGUCUCCAAGGCUCCGUCCCACCCAAAUGACACAAAUCAACCCACACAACCCCACCUCAAAUUCACCAUAUUCAGAUUUUAUCUGUUCAGUAGUGGGAUCCCCAUUGUCAUUGUUGGGGUCAUAGCUGCUGUUAGCCUGGACAACUAUGGGAGCAGGGAUGAUGCCCCUUAUUGUUGGAUGGCAUGGGAGCCCAGUGUGGGUGGCUUCUAUGGGCCCACUGCAUUCCUGGUCCUGGUCAUUUUUUUGUAUUUUCUGUGCACAUUUGUACAGUUAAAAAGGCAUCCAGAACGUAAGUAUGAGCUAAAGACCAUGACAGAGGAGCAGCAACGUUUGGCCACUGCAGAAAUCGGCCACUGCCAUGCUGCCAGUGAAGAACCUGGAGAACAGGGGGACCAUUCAGGUUGCACAGCCAUCACUGCCUCCAUGCUUGCCAAUGAGCACUCCUUCAAGGCUCAACUGCGGACCACUGCUUUCACUGUCUUACUGUUUUUGGCCACAUGGGCAUUUGGGGCAUUGGCUGUGUCACAGGGCUAUUAUCUGGACAUGAUAUUUAGCUGCUUAUAUGGGGCCUUCUCAGUCACACUGGGACUGUUUCUGCUUAUUCAGCACUGUGCUAAACGGGAUGAUGUAUGGCACCGCUGGUGGGCCUGCUGUCCUUCUAAACCAAAAUUGGAUGUGAAUGGAGAGGCAGUAGGAAGUACUGAAAUUAAAAGCCACAUUGAGGCAAAGCAAUCUUAUGCAGGUAAACCUUUAGUCUCCCCCCACGUUCUCACAUCCUCACCACACUGUAAUCCAAGUUCCCUGCCCACAGCUCAGAUCCGUAUGAGCCCAUGCUGUUCCACAUUGUACAGCUCUUCUCCUGUACUAGAAGGCUCUGCUCAUUCCUUAUCUCUCUCUGAUGAGUUACCUCGCCCCUCCCUGCCUCUGCAGAGCUGCCUGAAGAACAGGACUAAGUCACGCUCAUUCAGUCGGCCACGGCCCUGCCUCAGGGACUGCACCCUACAUAUGGCUUCGACCAGCUUGGAUGGAAGUGUGCACAGCUCCCACCUGGAUAGCCCUCACAGCAUGCACUUAGAAAUUCCCAUCACUUGUCAUACCUCACACUUGGAGAGGCAGCUCUCUUGCCAUAGCCCUCAUCUCGACAACCAGCUACGCUGUACAAGCCCUAGCAUCCACAUGGAAAGCCAGAGAACACAUCUGGACAGCCAGCUGCUGUGUCAUGAGGAACACACCUGCCAUAGACAUAUGUGUUGUGCCAAGGCAGAACCCUUCUCCAGCAUUUGCUGUCCCAAAACAGACCCUUUUUCUGGUGCUUCCCAAGAAGAAGAUUCCAGCACAGAUUCCCUGACACACAGCAGCACCAAAAUGACCGAUAAAGACAUUAUGUUGCACUUGGAUAUCCCGCCUCCAAGGGCCACUGUACCAAGCUCUCAGGCUGCUUUUAGCAAGAAGGGCACUGUCAGCCAGAAAGGGGUGCUAAAUCACAAUAGCAGCUUGCAUGAGGACUUUGUGCUCAGCCCUGAUUCCACAGGUAACAUUAGGACAGGGCCAUGGAAAAAUGAAACCACUGUGUAGUCUGUAAAUAUUCUGUUUUCCUGAGCUAAACUACUACUAAACUACUGUGUAGUCCCAGGGCUGUAAUCCAAAGCACCUCUGAAUAAAACUACUGUGUAGUCCUUCCACUAUGACUUUCACCUGCAAACUCCCCAAACCUUCACUAACUAAAUAGGACUUUGUAGCAUUGAAAGUAUCAGAUUAAGGUUCACACAACUUUCUAUUCACUAUCAAUACAUGUGCGUGCACUGUGUUUAACUUUUCGUGCCACUUAAAAUGGUCCCAACAUACACAAUAGUGCAUUUAAGUGUUUUAGAUUAAGGUUCCCUAAUUACUUUAGUGUGAGUGAAUGUGUAUUUAAGUGCAUAUGUUUGUGUGCAUACCUAUGUAAUAUCAGUCAAAAAAUAUAGGCAGUUCAAGAGAAAUCACCCUGCACUACGAUGUCAUGACAUGUGUGAAUAUAACUGUGAGCAACAACCAAGAAAAUGACCUCAAAAUAAUUUUCAUAGGUCAGGUCGUGUAUUAUAUUUGCCAAAAUCUAUAACAAAUGUCACACAUUCUGCAGUGAACUUAACCAUUCUUCAUGCUGAAGUAAACCAGACAGUUUUUGCUGAUCGACAUGGUGAGGUUGCAAGCACCCUUAAAACCAAAUAAACAAUUUGUCUACAGUCUGUUACCAUGGUGACAGAUUGGGAAGGGAUGUACCCAACAGCAUGCAUUCUUAGACAUUGUACUUUUUUUGUUCUACGCAUCAUCCUAAAUCAUGACCUUUUGUUUUAUGUUUUGUCUUGCAAUUUUAUUGCAGUAGUGUAAGAGGGACACAUUAGUUGCUAACAGUCAUAAACCGAGUUGUUGAACAUCAGCAGUUUUUAUAUUCUUGUUUAUUCUCCAGAUUUGUCAGCCACUACAUUCUACCACAUUUUUCUUACCUGUCAGUAUCAGCCCACCUAAUUUAAUCAAAAUCAAGUACAGAAACUGACAAGAAGAAGAAUCGUACAUGAAAGCAUUACCAAAAAUAACUAACACUGAAAUAAAAGUAAAUGAAGAAAUAAACUUUUGGUGUAAUCAUAGGGCCAGUAACCCCACAUUUUAGAGCUCAUAUCUAGUCUACAACUGCAACUAUUCACACACCAUAUUAUUUCUGUUAUAUUAUUUGACUUCAGCUACCUAUUGUAAUACGAAUGAAAAUAAAACUGAAAAAGGUCAGUGUUGGUUAUUUGGAAUUGUCUCUCCAUGGUAAUUGUCAUGUUAUAUUUCUCUUUGAACUCAGGGAUCAUGCCUAAUCUUUUUACUAGUUAAGCCACAUAGACUGUAAAUGCAUGCGGUUAGCUUCUGUAAAAGUCUACAAAUUCAGUGCCAUUAAGGAUGGAGAUGAAAUUCAAUUUGCCCACCUAUAUUUUGAUCGUUGUGCCAAUCAUUAUGUGCAUCCACACCUUUUGGUAGAAGUGCAACAUUGCUCUUUAGACAAAACACAAGAUUUAUGUUGUGAACUAACGAAGUCAACUGUUGUUUUUUUAUAUUGUACAUUUGCCACUUUUUCCAAUAAACGU